CUUAUAUCCAUAACUGCCAUUUGUGAACCACCUUGGGCAAUGUAAGAUAUUGCCUGACCAGAAAAUGAUAGAAGAAUAAUACAAGGCACUGCAAUGAGUCUAUUCAAUAAGGUGGCAUUUUACCCAACUCUCUUCUACAAUGUGUUUCUGAGCAAGGUUAGCAGUCGCCGAUGGUAUGAUCGAAUAGAUGACACAGUGCUAUUAGGUGCCCUACCAUUUAGGGGAAUGACAAAAUGGCUUGUUAAGGAAGAGAAUGUGAAAGGAGUUGUUACUCUCAACGAAGAUUGGGAACUGGAGGAUUUCUGUAAUACAGAGAAGGAAUGGGCAGCUGUUGGUGUAACACAACUGAAAGUUCCUACAGUCGACUUCACAGCUUCUCCAAGUCAUGAGAAGAUCUGCCGAGCAGUGGACUUUAUGAUUAAGUAUAGGAACGAACGGCUUGGCUCCGUGUAUGUCCACUGUAAGGCUGGGCGUACGAGAAGUGCCACUGUCGUCGCCUGCUAUCUAGUCAAGGUGCAUGGCUGGAAUCCAGAAGAAGCCAUUGCGCAUAUAGAAGAGAAGAGGCCACAUAUCUGGCUUCGGGAGAAACAGCUGGCUUCCAUCCAACACUACUAUAAUACCAGCAUACGGACGGAUAAACAAAAGGGGGCUUAGUGCAAUAUGAUAUUAUUUAUGUAUUUUGUGGCUUGAGUUGUGAUUCUGAUUAUUCAGCUAUAAUAGGCUAGUUGUUCAGAACUUUGUCAAAGUUAACAACAUGAUUAUCGACAUCUUCAUUAACUUUUUAACUUGGAAUGUUAGAUGUGCUCAUAAAUUACAAUAAAACUACAGCUGAAAUGGUUGCCUCAAUGUUCUGCAUAUCACAAAUGUAUCCAUAACAUUUCCAGAGCAAUAGAGAUUUUAAGGUAACAACAAUGAUGUUAACAAUGUUGUUUACUUAGGCCUAAAAAAAAACAACAUUUGGUUCGGGUUACCCGACCCUACCUACGGAAUAGGCUCCGACCCUACCGUUUUUAUAGUCAGUUUGAAAAAAAAAAUGAAAAACUAAAAAAAAAAAAAAAAAAAUUGUUUUUAUAUCGGUUUUUUUUUAAUUGCUUUUCAAUAUGUAGUUCAACCUUAAAUGCUUAUACAGAAGAUAGCUUUAACACCAUUCUCCAAUGAUGAAAAUGAUAUUCUUAUAUAAAGCCUAAUAAAAAAAAAGCCUACCUACCCUACCUAUUUUUGAGAAGGAUGUAACCCUACCCAAACAAUUAUUUUUUUUAGGCCUUAUUCAAAGUUCUGAACAAUCAGCCCAUUUUUUAUCAUUUAUGCUUUCUACAGUAUUGUUUUGCAAAGACAAGAAGUAAAUUUUGUAAGUUAAUUUGUUUGAUCAAAGCAUUUUCUUUGAUCAAAGUUUUACUUUUUAGUCAAACCUAUCAUGGACCGGUGAUACUAAUGUAAUAAUGAAAUUAAAUUAUGUCGUGGCAUUGUUUUCUGUCUGGAUUUGAAACUUGCCAGUUAUUAAUAUUAUGCUAGUAAGAUCGAAAAAAAUAAGUGCUUAGUACUAGUAUUUCCAAACUUGAUUUAAUGGUGACAAAUGUACUAGUUUGUUAUUUAAACAUUCUAUAAUAGUUAAAUAAAAUGCUUAAAUAAUCACAUGUUUAACAAAUUGAAACAAAAGACAGGACAUUGUUAUUAAAAGCUUUGAGU